CCAUUCCCACUAUUAGCUAACCUACCGUGAUGUAAACUGCGUAAUACAGGGGAGGGGAGCGUGGGGAGCGACGAACAGAACGGAAACGGAGAGAAGAGCGGGGAAGAGUAACGUAUUUGGUGGAGAGUGUGAAACAUGGGAAAGUAUGCGUAGUAAUCAUAAUUGGUGAUAAAUCUUAUGAAAGAACAAAAUCCAGUGAUAAAAUGACGUCUUGGAGAGACAAGUAUACUGCAGCAUUCUUAAGCAAUGGAGAUGAAACCACAGCAGAAGAAUUAAAAUAUACAAUAUUUGCAACAAAGACAAUCUAUCGACCACUACCAGGUUUUGAAAGUUUCUCAGUAGACAUUCAAGAUAGGCUGACUGCAGGAGUGGAUUGUGAUGAAGUAUAUCCAAACAUUUAUAUUGGUGAUGCUGGUGCUGCAAAGAACAAACACUACCUCAAGAGGAUUGGGAUCACCUAUGUCUUGAACACAGCAGAAGGAAACAGAUUUGGAAUGGUGAAUACCAACAAAGACUACUACAAGGACACAAACAUCAAAUAUAUGGGUAUUCAGUUAUUGGAUCUGCCAGUGACUAAUAUCAGUGUGCAUUUUCAAGAAACUGCUGACUUCAUUGAAAGUGGUGUAAAAAGUGGAGGCAAGGUGCUAGUUCACUGUCUAAUGGGAAUGUCACGAUCCAGUACCUGUGUAUUAUCAUACCUGAUGAUCAAAGAAGGUUUUACUGCUACUGAAGCAUUGAGGCGGGUCCGACUUCAUCGUGAUAUUCGCCCUAAUGAUGGCUUUCUUCACCAGCUGGCAGAGUUAGACAAUAAGCUGAGACGAGAACGACGUCGUAUAUAUGGUGUCUCUGAUAUGGUGUGAAAAUUGGUCUUAAAACCCUGAUGUGUGAGCAUAGAACUAUGUUAACCAUGGAAAAAUGAAAUAUGUAAUCCACUACACAUAUCAUAAAUGCAGUGGCAUUUUACCCGCUCUUCCAUCAAUUUCACCCUAAGAUAAAACACCAAGAAACUGUAUAUAAUUAAAACUCAUUGGUCUGUCACAAAACAUAACAACAACCAUUCUAACAAUUCCUUUGACCUUUUAGGCAGACCUGUCCCUUUAAUGAAAAUCUCAUAAUGCUGUAGAUGUAUUUAAGAUUCCUGAUAUAACUAUCAAAGGUAAGUGUAUUACAUAAUGGCAACCUGUUGGUUUAUUAAUACUGCAGUGAUAAGCAUAUUUAUUCCCUUUCAUAAAACAGUUAAGUUCUGAUAACUGGUAAGAAUUGCAAUGUACAAGGAACAUAGUUCACCUAUGUGCCUAAGCAUUUUCAAUUCUAAUGCCAGUGGGCAGAAGUCAAAUUACAACCGUCCUAUAGUUUUGAGUUAAAAUAAGUACAUCUGUGAAUAAGUAUUUUAGUCGGAGAUUAGAGCACAAAAUUCUUUUAAAAAUCAAAAUAAUUUAAAUAAUCAAUACCCUGUACCUUGUACAAUAUUAAAAUUAUCAUAAAAUAUACUAAUGCUAUACUUCUGUAAAGAUGUGCCUAUAUAUGUAAUUUAUAGUAUCUCAAGAAUUGUGAAUGAUUAGCAGAAGCAGCAUUGUAGCCUCAGCAAAAGCUAUUGUACAAAUAUGAAAGACAAAUAUUCCAGUUUAUGUAAGAUUGAAAUAUGGUUAUGCUAUAAGUUAUGGAAGCACACUUCAUGAAAUUGGUUGAUGUAACAGUGAGUUUUAUCAGUUCCUUAAUAAAUACCAACUUUUAAAUAAGAAAAACUUCAUAUAUUUAUUUAUCCUUACAUACAUCAAUAAUUUCUGUAUUGUACAGCCUCAUUUACAAUAUCUACAAAUAUUACAUGCUUUAACUUUCAUACAUUGUACAUUAAUACAUUCUUUCUUGAAUAAUUAAGACUUUUCUUCUGCAAGCCUUGGUUUCAAUAUUUUUUUAAAUACAGUUUGU